AUCAUAGCUACCAACCCCCCUUCCUUCAUUCCUUCAAAAAACCGAAGAGAAUGGCGGGUGUGAACCUGACAAUGACGGCUUGCACUGUGUGCCUGAUGCUAACCUUGCAUUUCACGAUACGCCUUGUAUCACAACAUCUUUCAGCAUGGAAGAAACCAAAGGAGCAAAAAGCAAUACUUAUCAUCAUAUUUAUGGCUCCCUUGUAUGCUGUUGUUUCCUAUGUUGGUUUAGUGGAUUUUCUCGGGAGCAACACUUUUUUCACAUUUCUGGAGUCUGUCAAAGAAUGUUAUGAAGCUCUUGUUAUGGCUAAGUUUUUAGGCUUGAUGUACACAUACCUAAAUAUAUCCUUAAGCAAAAACAUAGUACCAGAUGAGAUUAAAGGAAGAGAGAUUCACCACUCGUUUCCGAUGACUCUCUUUCAGCCUCACACUGCCCGUUUAAACCACCACACAUUGAAGCUUCUCAAGGACUGGACAUGGCAAUUUGUUUUGAUCCGCCCUGUAUGCUCUGUGUUAAUGAUAGCUCUACAACUUCUUGGAAUGUAUCCCACUUGGGUUAGCUGGACAUUCACCAUUAUCCUAAACAUUUCGGUUUCGCUAGCUUUAUACUCACUUGUAGUAUUCUACCAUGUGUUUGCAAAAGAGUUGGCACCACACAAGCCACUUGCCAAGUUUUUGUGUGUGAAAGGAAUUGUCUUCUUCUGUUUCUGGCAGGGAAUUGCGCUCGAGAUUCUUGUUGCCCUCGGGAUAAUAAAAUCCCAUCAUGUCUGGUUCGAUGUGGAGCACAUUCAAGAAGCUCUUCAGAAUAUGUUAGUGAUGGUGGAGAUGGUCUUCUUCGCCAUCGUUCAGCAGCAUGCGUACACUGCAGAGCCUUACCGCAAAGAGAACAAGAAGGACUAAUUCCAAAGUUGGCGUGUAUUUGUAAUUUGUAUUAUCAUAUAAGAGUUGCUUGUCUAGUAUUAGCCCCUGCAGAUUCUGCUCUGGUUAUUGUAUUAGAUAAUUUAUGAUCAUGAGUAUAGAUUUUGAAUUCAUGUUAUGGAAUGUGACUUAACGUAGUCUA